AUGGCCGCUCUCGUUCAAACACUACCACAACAGACAACCACGGUCACUAUGCUUCAAACUCGACCUUCCUCUGCCUCUGGCACUCUACAACCUUCGCAGAACCAAGCUGCCUAUCACCAGUACCCUGCCAACCCACAACAGCGAAAUAACUUUCAUGGCUUGAACAACAAUAUGGCAGCAUCAAAUUACCGCGGCCAUAGUUCCAUGGCCCCAAUGGCACCAUAUGCAUUCACCAGCACACCCGGUCUAUCCAUAGGAGGUCAACAACCACAAAACGGGUCUCAAUCCAGGCCGGAACAACAGAGAACAUCAUCAGCCCCCAUAGUUCCCACAUUGCACGGCGGCUCAGGGAAUCCUUCAAGUCGCUCACGCUACCCUGCUGCCUUGUCUGUGUCAACCACAUCUUCGUCGUCAUCAUCAGAGCUUUCCCACAGAUCAGGAACAAGGGAUGAUUCCGCCAUCACCUCCACUGCUCGAGUUGCCACUCGAGCUUCUCGACCAAAUUCCACCAUCAUCACGUCAUAUACUCAAGCUCCUGCUCCUCUGGGUUCACCAGCAAAACCUGCCCCUGACCGCUAUCGCCGUCCAGCAGUUCGUCGUGCCGAGUCCUCGAACAGUAGUCAGGCCAGCGGCCCUAGCUCUUCCGUCUCAUCCAUGCCUAAUGUCAUGCAAUUUUAUGGCGCUAGUACACAAGCAACCAAUACCCAGGCAUACAACUUACAGAUGCCGCAAUCACCAAAUCAACCAAGUGCAACGGCUGAUGAUAUGCAAUUAAAUCAGCGUACCACCUCGGAACAAGCAAAGAGAUAUAGACGUCGGAGCAUACACACAAUCGAUGCACACGAUAAUAGCAAUACUAGUCCAAGUCCUGGAUUUUUACAGCAGGGGUCAAAGCAAGCCGACAACGCUAGUGGUCGUAUUGAUCAGCAGCCUGAGCAACACCCCUUGCGUAGUUCACCAGUCGUAAUGGUGCGCCCAGCAGCAUCUCACAGCCGUAAUGAUAGUACCGACAGCUUGAAAUCCACUCGCAGCGGUCAUUCAAACCCAAACUCGUCGGACAAGCGAGAAGCAACAAGUGCAUCGAUGGCAUCUACCAGCCCCGCCCAAUCUUCGACUCCUACCGUCGCAAACUCAAAUACCUCCAAUGGUAGAGACCAAGCGAUUUCUAAGAAUGAUCAGCCACGACUUGUGAAUAUUCCAGUUCGUGCAUCCUCAACCGAUGCCGCGAAACGACUCUCCAGUCCUUCCCCUUUAUCGAAGCCGGCGACGAUGGGUAUCGAAUCCUCGGCAUCUAAGUCUAAGGACUCGUUUGCCUCGGCGGUAAAUGCGGCAUUACAGCCAACACAAUCCAAACCUACGUCUGGACAGGCUGCAACAAGCCCGAACGCUAUCAGCCCUGCUGCACAGCAUUUGGCUGCAUUAAACGAAAAGGAAGGAAAGAAGAGUAAGACAUCAAGAUUAAGGAGGGCAUUUUCUUUUGGGUCUGCUGCCGAGCUACGAAAGGCAUCUGCAGAGACCCAUGUCAGCAGGAGUGGCAAUGAUGUUUUGGAUCGUUCCAAGUUACGAAGAGAAAAAUACCAAAGUGAACAAGAAGCCGAGCAAGACAAGAUUGCUCGGCGACAAGAAGCUGCAGGCAUCGGAUCUAACAUCUACUCUGGCCAGGGCAAUUUCUUCACUGGUUCAACCGACAAUUUGUCUAUAUCCUCAACAGCCUCAUCGGCUUCAGUCAUGAUUCGAAAGAUGGGGAAAGGCAUGAAGAAAUCAACUAGAUCUCUUGUUGGUCUUUUCAGACCAAAGUCUGUUAUCGGUGUGCCCGCAGCUGAUGCAGCUGUGCCUGAAGCCAGCCGAGCUCAGGUCUCGAUGGUUAAUGUUGAAGCCGAACGGGAGAAGGUCAAUGUCAACGCCAAUGCUGCUGAUGCUGUUUCUGGUGGGACAGGAUUCCCUAGAUUGGAGAGGAAUUCUCUCGACACUGCAGCUAUCAGUUCAGUGGCCACCGAUCGUCUGGGAAGUGCUAACACUGAGAGUUCUGGGCAUAGAAGAAGUAUUGUUGGUGGUGAGAAGGAGCGUGCUGAGGUCUUGGCCGCUGUCAAGAAGGGUAUCCUCAAACGCUCCGGUACAGGCUCUGGAAACUCAUCACCAGUUAUCCUUCCUGUCGAUGGAAAAGCAGCAAACUUUAACUUGCCGCAAAUUCCAAAUGUUAACAAUGACUCACCAAAUUCUUCCACCCCUAGUACACCAAACGAUGACCAAGUUCACAAGCAAGCAGUCAAUUUAGGAGGGGAGGAUUAUUUCAUGUCUGCGCUCAAAUUCAAGGGAGAUUCAAGAAGUGUUCCUGGAACACCUUCCGGUACUAUCAAGAGGAACGCUACAUUUAGUCCACGGAUCCAAUUCCACGACACUUGGCCAAGCCAAGAAUACGAUCGUAGAGGCGAAAUUGCAACCUGCAAUCGACUCACCCCGAUGCUCGCUCAACAAAUUAAGGAGGAGCUUAAUACUUUCAAAAUGGAAAUGGAGGUUCAUGAGAAUUCUAAGAUCUACACACACUUCUUCUGA